AUGCCUGGCGUCACUUCGAAGACGGAGAGCAAGUACGACAAGAUCCCGGGCCCCCUCGGGCUGCAGUCCGCUUCGCUGCAUGGCAAGGUUGCUCUCGUGACGGGUGCCGGUCGAGGCAUCGGUCGCGAGAUGGCCCUCGAGCUUGGCCGCCGCGGCGCCAAGGUGAUCGUGAAUUACGCCAACAGUGAUUCAGCAGCGCAGGAGGUCGUCUCCCAGAUCAAGAAGAACGGGUCCGACGCGGCCGCCGUCAAGGCCAAUGUGGCGAAUGUCGAUGAGAUCGUCUACUUGUUCCAGGAGGCGAAAAAGAAGUUCGGCAAGAUCGACAUCGUGUGCUCCAACAGCGGCGUGGUCUCGUUCGGCCAUGUCAAGGAUGUCACACCUGAGGAGUUUGAUCGGGUCUUCAACAUCAACACCCGCGGCCAGUUCUUCGUUGCCCGUGAGGCGUACAAGCACCUCGAGAUCGGUGGCCGUCUGAUCUUGAUGGGCUCCAUCACCGGCCAGGCCAAGGGCGUUCCCAAGCACGCCGUCUACUCGGGCAGCAAAGGCGCGAUCGAGACCUUUGUGCGUUGCAUGGCGAUUGAUUUCGGCGACAAGAAGAUCACCGUCAAUGCGGUCGCCCCCGGCGGCAUCAAGACGGAUAUGUACCAUGCCGUCUGCAGGGAAUACAUUCCGAACGGCGACAAGCUCGAUGACGAAGAGGUCGACGAGUACGCCGCUGGCUGGUCGCCGCUCCACCGGGUCGGUCUUCCCAUCGACAUCGCCCGCGUGGUCUGCUUCCUGGCAUCCCAGGACGGCGAGUGGAUCAACGGCAAGGUGAUUGGCAUCGACGGCGCUGCAUGCAUGUGA